CCCUGGAGGUCGCGUCUCGAACUGUCCUAUAUAACGUGACUACGCCGCUCGACUGCUUACAACCCGGUCCAAGCUCACGCUGCCAACACCACUCGCAUCCACGGAACCGAUCGAUCGUGUUGUGCUGCGACAUUGACGGUAAUUGUCGACUACCACCACCGUACGUUUGGUUUGCAGCGGGAGCGGCUCGCCGUAGUGACGCUGUGCCGACGCCAGUCUGCGGUAACACAUCGCACCGACCUGUGAUACUGUGCACCGAUUGACAGAUAAUCGAACAACACGUGCCACAAAAUGAACAGCUACAUAACUUUCGUACUAUUACUCGCGUGUGUCGCAAUAAGCAUGGCGCAGUACAACCAUUUCGGGGGCGGCUUCUCUGACGGGUACUUCAGCACGAGCUUCGGCGUGCCCGGCUACAGCGGGCUGUCGGCUGCAGCGGGCAGAGACCCUAGAGCUAACACAGGUAUACAACGAAGAGGUCCAGUCCUGUUCCCCCCCUCGCCCCCAACAGGCCCCCUACAAUCGAGCGGCGUUGUCCCCGGCGCGUCCGGCUACGGAUUCGUACCUCCCGGCUCUUCAGUCAUGAUAGCUGAGUUAAUGGGUGGACCGAAUUUAUUCCUGCAGACCAUAGAUCAGUUCCAAUAUGGUCCCGCGCUGCCAAGAUAUUACUACAGAGGAUUCUUUCUUAGAUAGGAAAUACAAUGGCCUAUAUGACUAAAUUAAUUCCAAGUACCUUAAACUUUUCUCUUAUAAUUCUAUCAAUAUUAAUAUAAUUUUGUAAUUAAAAUUAAUGUGUAAAAAAUAAUAUGUAAAUAGGCAGUCAUGAAACUGUGAUAUUUGUGAACAGAUGCUUCAUAUAUUUAACUUGU